GCUCGUCCGCGGCAGACCAAAGCAGGCAUCCAGGAGAUGCGCACUGAUGAGCCGCUGCUAGCGUGUCAGAAGCAGGUGUUCUGUGUCUGAUUCCCCCGAGAGCUGAACGCAGGCAAGCUUCCGAGUCCCACCGGUUCUUUUUGGGAUACUGCCAAUCACCUGCACCUGCGCGAGCCAUGGAAUGCUGAGAUUGUCUAUCCAUCGCGCGCUCGGAGAAUCAGACCCCGCCGCCCUCGUGGAGCACAGUAGUCUCAGACCUCCGCCUCGCACUGAACAGAAUGCGCCCCGGUUCUGGCUUUUGAUCGUUAGAUUUUUAUUUCUGGCUCAGAGAUGAUACCCGCUCAGCAAAAUCAUGUUGUCACAACGAUUGAGACAAUCCCACCCGACACCGUCACGGCAUCGCCGAGUCUGCUUCAGAGGAUUAGAAAAGUACUGAACAGGGAGCUGGUGGUGACCCUGGCGCUGGGUCAGGUGCUCUCUCUCCUCAUAUGUGGCAUAGGUCUGAGCAGCAAGUACCUGGCUCAGGAUUACCAUGCCAACACACCCGUGUUCCAGAGCUUUCUCUGCUACAUCCUCCUCUUCCUCGUCUACACCACCACACUGGCUGUCAGGCAAGGUGAGGAGAACCUGCUGGCCAUUCUGAAGAGGAGGUGGUGGAAGUACAUGUUACUGGGACUGGUCGACAUUGAGGCCAACUACCUGGUCAUCAAGGCCUACCAGUACACCACUCUGACCAGUGUACAGCUGCUGGACUGUUUCGUCAUCCCUGUAGUGCUGCUGCUGUCCUGGUUCUUCCUGCUGGUCAGGUAUAAGGCGGUCCACUUCGUGGGCGUGGGGGUGUGUCUGCUGGGCAUGGGCUGCAUGGUGGGGGCGGACGUACUGGUGGGACGCCAGCAGGGCCUGGGAGAGCAGAAGCUGAUGGGGGACCUGCUUGUCUUGGGAGGGGCCACCCUCUACGGCAUUUCCAACGUGUGUGAGGAGUUCAUCGUCAAGAACCUCAGCAGGGUGGAGUUCCUGGGCAUGAUGGGGCUGUUCGGGUCCUUCUUCAGCGGCAUUCAGCUGGCCAUCAUGGAACACAAGGAGCUGUUGAGGGUUCCCUGGGAUUGGCAGAUAGGUCUGCUGUACAUCGGGUUCAGUGCCUGCAUGUUUGGGCUGUACAGCUUCAUGCCGGUGGUCCUGAGAAGGACCAGUGCCACCGCUGUCAACCUGUCUCUGCUCACCACCGACCUCUACAGCCUCUUCUGUGGCCUCUUCCUCUUCCACUACAAGUUCUCUGGGCUGUACCUGCUGUCGUUCUUCAUCAUAGUUCUGGGUCUGGUCCUCUACUCCUCCUCCUCCACCUACGUGGCCCAGGACCCUCGCGUCUACAAACAGUUCCGCAACGCAGGACACCCCUUCACGGACACGCCCACACUGGGGCCCCUGGAACCCUCGGUGACCUAUACCAGCCUGGGCCAGGAGGUGGAGGAGGAGCCUCGCAUCAGGGUGGCCUGAAACCCUGUCAAUCACCCCGACAUCCCUGCCCACGACCCUGUACAGAGAGCAUCAUUGGCUGAGUGAGAUUGGGGAGAAAGCCGUAGAGAGCCAGAAGAGUUCACUGUGAUCCUGGAUGGUGAAUAGUUAGCAGUGACUUUUAAUCAUCAUGAUUCUGAAGAUGUGUUCGUGUAUAGAUCACCUCCUGUCCUUCUGCUGUACAGUUACAUGGUUAGAUUGUGCUGAAUACCUGUCUAAAUUCUAUAUGGUGACAGUUUUUUUAUACAAGUACCACACUUUAUUGAAUUUAAGGUCAUGUUUUCUCCCAGCUUCGGCUGUGGUUCGAGCUGUCUGAGAUUUGUCUUUUUAUGAACGUUCUACCCCUUCCCUGCUACACCCCCCGAGUUGGUCCAUUCAUCAGGUAAGGCUCCAGGGCCCGAGCAGAGCGGUGCACAGACGACGGCACAACUCUGUGCCUCGCUGUGCUCCCACGCUGCGGCGGAGACAGACAGAUACGGUUUCUCCGCCGCGGCAUUCUCUGAUCCCGCCGUCUCAGUCGUCCUUCCUGUCUUCCCUUCCUCCUCAAGUCAUGUAGCUACAUGGAGGUUCUGUCGCCUGUCUCUUCUGAGGAGGACAGGAGGAGAAAGGAGGCGAGGAAAGACUUUAGCGACCCAGUCUAGUUUUGUCCUUAAAACUACAAGUCCCACCAACCAGGUACAGAUAAAUAUAUAAGAGGUUCUGGGGAGGAAAAUCUGAAACAAAAUAGCUGCUCAAGGUGUCCGGGUGGCCUGUUUGAUUUACAAAUCACCUGUCAUCUUAAACGGGUAGUAGGCUUACAUAACACUGUAUGCUCUGUAGAUUAGUCAAGCCUAGGUGGAUCCAGCCACAUUUGUUGAACACUCAAACCCAAGAACACAAGAUGGAGGAGGUUCCUGGAUAGCUGUGCCCUCUGAACAGGAGAGCAUAAUUGUAAAAACGUUGAUUAUUGAUUAUGAUGAUGCACUUGUUCUAGAGGUGUGGUGUUCUGUUUUAUUGCUCGUUCUUAUGUUGGGCUGUAUUCUGUACAGUCUGUUCGCAGUUAAUUGCUUUUUAAUUCCAUGCCUGGAUUCUAUUUCCAAAGCACAUUAUUAAUGCCAUGAUUUGGAACAGAUUUCCAUUUAAAGUAUUAUCUAAUGAAUUUUGUAUUUCAGUAGCCUACUUGAUUUCAGUGUAUUGGAGAUUUUGUUGUCAAAUAUGUUGCCUAAAAUAAAGUAUCUUUGUCGGAAAGCUGA